AUGUCAGGACACUCCAAUGUUGGAACCUCUGCCGUCUACGAAGCUGGAGACCAGCGGAAUGUAAAGGCGUCGGAAAGAAAUACCGCCGAGAGGUUCGAGGAAGGCAAACCGGGAUCGCACUCACUGACUGACUCGAAGGAUGAGAGGACAAUCUCCAACCGACUAGCUGCUGAGGAGAAGAGAAGGAAGCAGGGGGAAAGCGACGACUUUGAGACAGCCAUGUCCAAAAAAGACCCGACCUUGCCUGCCAAGAUGCACGGCAAUGAGCCCUCUAAAGGAGCAAAGAUCGAUGCUGAGUUAGCCGCGGAGGACGCUCAAAGAAUAAAAGAAAAGCAAGGGAAAUAA